AGACGGAAAGAGGGGGAACCUGAGGGAGAGCCACCGCUACACGGACCGGGAAUACAAGUUUUUUACACUAAAGUCCUUUUUAUGUGUGUUUACCUCAUCGUUUUUCGGGAAUACUGACUUUGCCCGCGUGUGUGUGUGGGUUUUUUAUUUUAUUUUAUUUUUUAACACCGAGCUUGUUUUCCCCCCACGUUAAUCUGGGAAAAAGAAACGGGGCGGCGUGGUGGGAGAGUUUCCUCACUUUAUUUUUUACGCAUUUUCUCUUCCUUCUUCGCGGUGCAUGGGGGAUAGGAAAGGAGAAAGCACCCCUAAGUUCUUUGUUUUCUUUCCCCCGUUUGGUCGUUUUAUGGCUGUUCACUGGUGGUGGUGGUCAGCGAGGGUGAAGGAGUUCAGAGGAAGGUCGUAGUGGGGAAAAGCUGCACGUUUUUCCUGCACGUAGCUCCUCUUCCUGGGAUGUGUUUCCAUCUGAGAUACCAGCAAACAGGGGGGAUAUAAAGACCUGUGGACUUCCAAACUCCUGAUCUUGGCUUUGCAUUAUCGCUUUGGGUGAUAUCCAGCUGCAGGAGCACAAGAGGAGGAUUUUCAAACACUGUGCAAAGGAAGAAUACUUGUUUUUGAAGUCCCUCAUUGGAGAAGUGCAUUACAGGGGAAUUAACCCAAGGGCCAGUGGAUCUCCUCCAAACAAGCCCCCCCCCCUCCGCCCCCUGCCUGGUGGAUCUUAAUAACACUGUUAUUUCUCACCACAAUUAAACAGAUGAACGUGGACUGUCGCCUCCACUUAUGGAAAAUGAAGAUCUUUACUCACACAUGUGUUGCCAGAACCCAGGAUCACGUUAUUUAGUGGUCUGUGUUUGUUCCAGGGUUCACAAACAUCACCAACUUGCUGGCUGGGAAGAUACUAGAUGUAUUUCUCCCCCCGGCUCAAGGGGGGGCAACGUUGAGGACCUUAAUUUUUAAUCAUUUUGUUCAAUACUUUUGAUAUUCCAACACCGUUUUGUGUUUGGGGUGAAAUUAUCGUUUCUCCCUCAAGAUAGUUUUUGUUUUGAGAGGCUUCAGGAGGAGAGCACAACUUGUCAACAUGAGACGGUGGACGCUGAAGCUGCGAGCACAAAUUGUGUUUUUUAUCAUCGGCACCUGCAUUAUAUGCCAGUGUGGACUAAUCAAUGGAGAAAUCUGCCCGAGCAAAGACAUCCGUAACAACGUGACCAACCUGCAGUCUCUGGAGAACUGCACCAUCAUCGAGGGCCACCUGAAGAUCCUGCUCAUGUUCAAGACCAAGACCGAUGACUUCCGGGGCCUCAGCUACCCGAAGCUGCGGGUGGUGACGGACUACGUGCUGAUGUUCAGGGUCUACGGCCUGGAGACCCUCAGCGAGCUCUUCCCCAACCUGACGGUGGUCCGCGGCAGCAACCUCUUCUUCAACUACGCUCUGGUGAUCUACGAGAUGCUGCAGCUGAAGGAGGUGGGUCUGCACAGCCUCAUGAACAUCACGCGCGGCGCCGUGCGGAUCGAGAAGAACCCCGACCUGUGCUACCUGGCCACGCUGGACUGGGCCAAGAUCUCCGACUCGGUGGAGGACAACUACAUCGUGGCCAACAAGAACGACCGGGAGUGCGGAGACGUUUGUCCCGGCACCGCCCAGGGUCAGACGGUCUGCCAGCAGAACACCAUCAACGGACACUUCAGGGGCCGCUGCUGGUCCCAGAGCCACUGCCAGAGAAUGUGCCUGGACAACUGUAAGCACAGCGCGUGCAGCCUGCAGGGUCAGUGCUGCCACGACCAGUGCCUGGGCGGCUGCUCCGAGCCGGGGAACUCCAGCAGCUGCGUGUCCUGCAGGAACCUGCAGCACGGCAACACCUGCGUGGACAAAUGUCCCGCCGGGUUCUACAUGUUCAGGGGCUGGCGCUGCAUCAGCUUCUCCUUCUGCCAGGAGCUGCACAACCAGUGCACGCAGAGUAAGAAGUUGAACCAGGACCGAGAGCAGGGCUGCCACGAGUACGUCAUCCACGACGGAGCCUGUAUCCCCGAGUGUCCCUCUGGAUACACCACUAUCAACUCCACUACGUUGACCUGUUCCCCCUGCGCCGGCCUCUGUCCCAAACUGUGCGUGGGAAACAAGACCAUCGACUCGGUGACGUCCGCCCAGGCUCUGAGAGGAUGCACGGUUCUCCACGGCAACAUGAUCAUCAAGAUCCGAGGAGGAAAUAACAUCGCUGCAGAGCUGGAGGCGAGCCUGGGUCAGCUGGAGGAGAUCACAGGGUUCCUGACGGUCCGCAGAGCCUACGCCCUCGUCUCCCUCUCCUUCCUCCGGAAGCUACGAGUCAUCAGGGGGGAGCAUCUGGAGGGAGAUGUGUUUGCCUUCUACGCUCUGGAUAACCAGAACCUCCGAGAGCUCUGGGAUUGGUCCAAACACAACCUGACCAUCCACCGCGGCCGGACGUUCUUCCACUACAACUCCAAACUCUGCAUGUCCGAGAUCCGGAAGAUGGAGGAGGUGACGGGAACCAAGGAGCGAAACCAGAAGAGCGACAUCGCCGUGAGGAACAACGGGGACCAGGCCUCCUGUGAGACCAAGCUGCUGAAGUUCACCCAGAUAAAGACCCACUACAACAUGAUCAUGCUGAAGUGGGAGCCCUUCUGGCCGCUGGACUUCAGAGACCUGCUGGGAUUCAUGGUUCUCUACAAGGAGGCGCCGUACAGGAACGUGACGGAGUUCGACGGGCAGGAUGCGUGCGGCUCUAACAGCUGGGGGAUCGCAGACGUCGACCCUCCGUCCCGCCCCACCGAGGGGAAGAAGGCGGAGGGCCCGGGUCACCUGAUCCGCCCGCUGAAGCCCUGGACUCAGUACGCCAUCAUGGUGAAAACCCAGCUGUCGGCGUCCGACGAGCACGAGGUGCACGGAGCCAAGAGCGAGAUCAUCUACGUCCGCACCAACGCCUCCAAGCCCUCUGUGCCUCUGGACCCCAUCUCCUCCUCCAACUCCUCCUCCCAGAUCAUCCUGAAGUGGAAGCCCCCUACCAGCCCCAACGGAAACAUCACCCACUACCGGGUCAUCUGCCGCAAGCAGAACGAGGACAGAGACCUGUACAAGUUCGAUUACUGCCUCCAAGGGAUGAAGCUGCCGUCCCGGACUCCCACCCACCUGGACAGCGAGGACGAGCAGAAGUGGAACCACACCGACGAGCCUGCCUCGGGAGGCCGGUGCUGCUCCUGCCCCAAAACUGACAACCAGCUGAAGAAGGAGCAGGAGGAGAUCGAGUACCGCAAGACCUUCGAGAACUACCUGCACAACGAAGUGUUCGAGAGCAGACCUUCCCGCCGCAGACGCUCAGUGGGAGUCGCCAACGCCACGCUCCCUAAUUUCUUCCUCACCACAGCGCCAGGUCUGUCGUUCGGCUCCACCACAGCCACCCCUGAAGACGAAGAGGAGAGCGGGUCCAAGGUGGAGCUGAAGGUGUUCUCCAAGGAGUCGACGGUGAUCUCCAACCUGCACCACUUCACCAGCUAUAAGAUCGAGAUCAUCGCCUGCAACCACCCCACCGACGUGAAGCUCUGCAGCAUGGCCACCUUAGUCAGCGCCCGCACCAUGCCCGAGGUGAAAGCAGACGACAUCCCGGGCGAGGUGACCCACGAGAUCGUGAACGCCGAGCCGCCCUACGUUCUGGUUAAAUGGGACACACCCCGCUCCCCCAACGGCCUCAUCAUCCUGUACGAGGUUUUCUACAAGAAGGUUGAAGACACGGAGAUUCACACAGGUUGUGUGUCGCGGCUGGCCUACCUGAAGUCUGGCGACACAAAGCUCUCUCUGGUGCAGCCGGGGAACUACAGCGUGCAGGUCCGCGCCACAUCGCUGGCAGGAAACGGCUCCUUCACACAAAUCACCUACUUCUUCAUGCCCAACCCGGAUCAAGGUUUGAUCUGGAUUGUGAUGGGUCCCGUGAUCUGCUUCAUCCUGCUGCUGUUCGUGGGAGGGGGGGUCUUUGUGAUCUUCAAGAAGAGACAAACAGAAGGACCGACCGGACCUCUGAUCGCCUCCUCAAACCCCGAGUACAUCAGCACCAACGAUGUGUAUGUCCCCGAUGAGUGGGAGGUUCCCCGGGAUAAGAUCACGGUGAUGCGGGAGCUGGGGCAGGGCUCCUUCGGGAUGGUGUACGAGGGGCUCGCUAAGGACAUCAUCAAAGGAGACCCCGAAACAAAAGUCGCCGUCAAGACGGUCAACGAGUCGGCCACCCUGCGGGAGAGGAUCGAGUUCCUCAACGAGGCGUCCGUCAUGAAGGCCUUCAGCUGCCACCACGUGGUGCGUCUGUUAGGCGUGGUUUCCAAAGGCCAGCCCACCCUGGUGGUGAUGGAGCUGAUGACCCACGGAGAUCUGAAGAGUUACCUGAGGGGGCUCCGGCCCGACUCUGAGCACAACCCCACAGGCCGCUCCCCCCCCACCCUGAAAGAGAUGAUCCAGAUGGCUGCAGAGAUCGCAGACGGCAUGGCCUACCUCAACGCCAAGAAGUUCGUCCACAGAGACCUGGCCGCCAGGAACUGCAUGGUGGCCGAGGACUUCACCGUCAAGAUCGGAGACUUUGGCAUGACCCGAGACAUUUAUGAGACGGACUACUACCGUAAAGGCGGCAAGGGUCUACUUCCUGUCAGGUGGAUGGCUCCGGAGUCCCUGAAGGACGGAGUCUUCACCGCCCACUCUGACUGCUGGUCCUUUGGUGUGGUGCUGUGGGAGAUCAACACGCUAGCGGAGCAGCCGUACCAGGGUCUGUCCAACGAGCAGGUGCUGAAGUUCGUGAUGGACGGAGGAUACCUGGACCGACCCGACAACUGCCCCGAGAGGAUGCACAACUUGAUGCAGAUGUGCUGGCAGUACAACCCGAAGAUGCGUCCGCUGUUCCACGAGAUCAUCGAGAUGCUGCGGGAGGAGCUGCACCCGUCCUUCCACGAGCUCUCCUUCUUCUACAGCGAGGAGAACAAACUCCCGGAGACCGAGGAGUACGACCUGGACCUGGACAACAUGGAGAGCAUCCCACUGGACCCGUCCUCCUACUCCCAGAGAGAGGAGAGCUUAGGCAGGGACUCGGGGCCCUCGGUGGCCCUCAGGGGGAACUAUGAGGAGCACGUCCCCUACACACACAUGAACGGGGGCAAAAAAAACGGACGAAUCUUAUCGUUGCCCAGAUCCAGCCCUUCCUAACAUUUCCUGUUUCCAUAAAAAACUGUUUAACCUCCCUUUCUCUUUCACACUGAAAACACAACUGAGACUUUAAUGAAAUGCAUCGACAGCUUUCACCUGACUGUAGUAGGUCAGUUUGAAGCAAUACUAUUGAGUUUCAAUAUUUAGUAUCAUUGCUUUCAGCUAACCUAAAACAGCUGUUUGGAAAUAUUGACAUUUAAUGGAAGUCAACGGUUCAGUUUUCUCAUUGUUUCUGUAUCAUUUUCUACUUCUUGGAGAAGCCCUUCAACCUAAAAAAAAAAACAGAUCUCAGGACUUUUUAUUUUCUUCCUCACCGCUGCCGCACACAGGCAAAACGAAAGGAUGCUUUUCUUUUUUUACAAACUUCCUACAACAACACAUCAGACUUUCUACUUAUUGUUUUUCACUAUUGCCACGUUUCCAGGACUCCUCGAGAGGGAAACAGAUAGACUGUGAACACGACAAACCUUAGACAACCAAGAAGGCUGCUUACACUCGUCCCGCCUCCUCCUCUUCCUCCUCUUCCUCCUCCUCCGCCAAUCAGCAUUUCCACAUCUCUGUGCUUUUUUUUAAUCUCUUCAAGUGAAACUCAGAUUGUGGCCUUUUUGUAACGUGGCCUAUAAACAAAGAGAAGUGUCUGUCCACUCGUGUUCCUGUUUGAACAAUGACUUACUGGCGGUGGGAGGACUUUGCAAAGACUCGAUCCUAGAACAAACGUUAUUAUUAUUAUUAUUAUUAUUCCUAGAGGAAUGUUUUUCUUAUUUUUGGUUCUGCAGAAUUCCAAACGACACACAGAUUCAUCGGGUGUUUUGGUGAAUUAAUUUAUUGUUCCUCUUCUCUUCCUCAGUUUUUAUCUCUGUGUCCUCACUAUAUGGCUGAAGGAUAUUUAAACAGUUAAGAAUUGGACAAAAGAGUUCCUCAGACUGACCAAUAGCUGCUGCUUUGAUAUAUUUUAGUGGGUAUAGAAAUAUAUAAAUAUAUAUAGUAUAUAUACAUGGAAUAUUGGUGUUGACGUGCCAAUAUUCCAUGUAUGAUAUAUGACCUAUUGAUGUUUUCUUUUGUAAAUAGUUCAUAUUUGUAAUAUUUUUCAUCAAGAAGCUUUGCUAGUGUUUUGUUUUGCCAGGUUUUCUUUCUGGGUUUUUUUAUUUGUUCUUAUUUUUAUAGCCCCAGAAAUCACACUAAUCUACCAUCAGUGCGUCUUAGGCCCCCUCGAGUUCUUUUCUCCGUGUGGAAAGGAUAAAAAGCCUCGAAAUAUUGUCAACUCACUGCAUCAUUUUUUAUAAACCCCGCUCCCGCUGAGAGCUGUCAAUAUUGAGAGGCAACAACGAGAAAAAACGGACGUAAAUAACCAAAAAAAAGCUUUAUAAAGGGGAAUGAGGUCUUCUAGGUGGGAGUGCACCUGCUGAGGUCUUUAUGUGUCACAGGAUUAUUAUUUUGUUACACUUUGGUGCUGGUAGUUGAGUCCUUGAGGUUAGAGAGCGUGGAGACCCUUUGCCUGACAGUCGUGCUGCUUGGAUCAGAUCAGGGAGGGGAAUUAAACGGGACAUAUCAUGAGGAACUCACAGUUUUCAGUUCUGUCGAUCAUACAUUUGGGGAGUCUGUGUGCUUACCAUCCCACAAACGGUAACAUAAGAUAACAAAGGCAGUUUUUUUGUAGGAUGCAACCUGCUUUGCAUACAGUGAAGCGUACAAAACCUGCAGGUCCUCAAACAGCCACUAGAGGCUCACAAAGCAAGAAACAACACUUUUACAGCUUGGUACAAAAACGGUUUGGGCUUUGAAGUUAAUGUCCCUAUUCAUGACAACUGUACGGGGAGAUAGUUUCUACUCAACUCACCCAAUUUAACUAUAUUAAGGCAUAAAGUUGUGCAUUUUUAGGGCCGUGGACACACAGGUCUUUUCUAAAAGCAGGCAUUUGUCCCCUUCAGGGCUGCACGAUAUGCAAAAAACACUAACAUUUUUAAGAGGACCUAAAAAGGUCAUCAUUGUACUUUAUCCAGAUAUUUUCCUCUAUUUAGCCUUUCCUAAAUACUGCGACUUGGAUACAACACUAGUCCAUAUUGCAAUGUUGUGCAGCCCUACUCCCCUUAAAAUCCUCUCUUAGCAAUUUGCAAUUUUUCUGCGCUUCACUUUCAGGACACUCUUAUAAUUACAAUUGGAAAACUGUAGCAUCACCGUUCCGUGUCAGGACCUUUGUGUUAUUUGGAAUCUUUUAUUAAUACACACUCUAACUUCCCUCCUCAGUCUUCCUAAAGGCUGCUGACCUCCCUCUAGGAUCAGCCUAUUGUUGGGAAUUUCCACCUUUUCGUAGCCGAAAGUGGAAAGAUCCAACUAGAUUUCUGACGCAGGUGUGUGAGCGAUGGUCUGUCGUUCUUUCUGAAGGAUAAAGAGUGUGUGAGCGAGGGUCUAUCGUUCUUUCUGAAGGGUAAAGAGUGUGUGAGCGAGGGUCUAUCGUUCUUUCUGAAGGAUAAAGAGUGUGUGAGCGGGUGUUAAUCCUUUCAUUCUCCCGCUAUCACAUGCAGUCAGGACCUGGUGUGCAGCAGCUGCUUCACUCAGGUCUGACAUUCCAGGAGUUAGUUUGAACUGCACACACACAUAAAAACACUUCCUUCUUAAUAUUAGAGUUUCUGGAGUUUGUUCCUCCUGCCGGGAAUCAAAAACAUUCCUGUUUCACUCAAAAAAACACAGAAAAAGUUAGUUUUUGUGUCUCUUUACAUCAUUAAUACACUCUGUAAACUCCCCUCUCUCGCUCUCUAUCUCCUGGAAGUUUGGAGGUGAUGUGAGGAGGCUUUUUUUAUUCGUACUUUUUAUUUUCCGGACACACACGACCAGUAUGUUUGCCAAUCUAAGCCGAACACACUCAGCUCUUACAGUUCAGCCAAAGUCGGAAUCAGAGAAAGCAGAGAAGCUGCCUCCAUGUUUUUAACCAGUGCCUUCUCAAAACCCAGAGCCACGUCCAGGCUAGUUCUAUCGGCUAGUAACACACACACACACACACACACACACACACAUAAAGCCUCUGUGCUCUCUCUGCAUUUGUUCUCAUGAGGCAGGAGAGGCAUGGAAAUCAAAGCUGCAUCUUGUAGGGAUUUGUCGUUAGCUGGAAGACGUGUAGAAGUCUUUGGGGCUUUUUUAUUUGAACUUGUUCAGCUUGUUGCCGGGUAGAGUGUGAGCUCGUGCUUUAGCGGUGACACUGUGAAUCGGCCUGAGGUUAAGAUGUGAGCGAAUUAUCCUGAGGAGUUACAAUCGUGGGCUUUUGUACUUUGUAAAUAAUCUGUGACAAUAGUUUGGAAAAUAAAAGCGGAGAAAAAGAAAUCGGAAGCCCGUCAGUUUUGACAGAAAAAAACGGUGGAGCUUUUUAGCCGUGUCGCAACUCCACAACUGUGUACUGAUAUCUUAAGAGUACUCCCAAAAGUACGUGUUUGUAUACACUACAGCAAGGAGACACGGCUUCUCACCCACGACCUACGUUGCUUAUCUUGUGUCUUCACAACGCAUAUGCAAUUUUUAAUUAAGAUGAUGCCCAUAUCUUUGAAAUACCAGAUAUUUAUUUUAUUAUGAUCAUUGUCAUUGUAUAAGAAGAACACAGUUAGCUUUUUAGUGGAGCGUUUUUAAGGUGUUUUUUGAGAGUGGAAGCGAUGUAAAAAAGAAAAAAAAAAAGCCUAGUUUGUUAUUGUACAGGUUGGAGUAGCCGAUUCGGACAGCAGUGCUAGUUAGUUAAAUAGUUAGUGAUUGUCGUCUUUGUGUUUUUGGCCAGAGUCUACCUCAGUGCAUAUGGAGGAAUCAGUCUGAAGAGCCUAAAUCAUCCCCCGUCAGUCUCUCUGUGUCCAAUGAUAUCAUUUUAUCGUACAUUACCAACACUGCUGAUCAAUUCCUUUGGUGUUUUUAAACCCCUCUGCCUCGUGUUUCCUCUUCUUCUUGAGUCCUGGGGGAGGCUUCUCAUCCAUUCCCCAUUUUAAGUGGAGUUAAGGACACACUGUUUUAUUUCACCCCCUUAAAUGUGGAAAAUCAGGCGGUAAAUUGGCUUAAUUGGCAGUUAUCCUUCUCUACAUUUGACUAAUUGACCCACAAGAAGCUUUCCUUGGGUGCAGGAAGAAGACGUGUAGUUUAAUUGGUGUGUUUUCCAUACACACACACUCUGGACUCUGUUUAAAAGCUCUAAAUGCAUAUCUAAGAUCACCUUUAUCAGCCGUGGAGACUCUUUGUGUACUUUUCUAAACCUCACAUCCGUCUAUCGCCCCGCGUCUCCUCCGCUCGUGUUUUGUUUGUAUAUUUGUUCUACUGUGAAUAUCAAGAGAUGACCUUUAUUUUCUGUCAAUGCCAUCAUGGAUUGGGUCUGGUUUUUUUGGGGGCUGAUCAGGACGUCUGAGCUGGUUCCGAAAAGUAAAAAAAAAAAAAAAGAAAAGAGGAGGACCCUCCCCCUCCCCCCCGCCCCCCCUCCACAACUUCCCCCUUUCUUCCUCUUAUCCUGGACUGGGACAAUCCUGUGUGCCAUACAAACUUUUUAACAGAUCUAGAUUGUAAACUCUUCGUCUCAGGGAGGCGGCCUGAUGCUUUGCGGUUCAGAGGAUAAAAAAAGAAGGACGAGGAGGAGAGGACUUUUUUUAUUAUCCACUCUGACCGAAGCUCUCCUCGCAAACAUGGAGAAGUCAAGUUUUCAACAACAAAAACCCAAACAUCCAUCAUUUAUUCACAUAAAUCUGAAAUAUGUCCCCCCUCUUUUGAAGAUAAUCAGGAAUCCUCUUUCUCUAUCUGUGUGUGAUGUGGACUGUGUCGCCCUCGGGUGGUCGGGUUGCAGGUCAGGGGUGGCGCAGCAAACAGGGCCCUGACCCAUAGUGCCUUGCUCAGACUAACAGCCCCACUUGACCCCGCCUCCUCACAGAAGCUCCACCAAUCACUAAAGAGGAUUUCCCCACCUCCUGUGUUCUUUAGAAAUACUGUAAUUUGACAUUUUAUCAACCUUGUGUCUCUCUAUUCUGCUUUGUGCAUGGAAACGUGGAUUAUACCAGCGGGUAACUUGAUGCUUUCGCUUCUCAUCAACAUCAGUCAGCAGCGUCCCCAAAGCACAUGCUAAAAACACACAACAAAUGACACAACUUCCAUCCGAAAGAAAAUGAACCGAUUAAUAAACUCUUAACUGUAUAUAGCAGCAGAUCCCACCCUGCCCCGAAAAGCGAAAGCACUUGAUUUUUAGGGAAGUUUAGGUUUGUUUUGUUGAACUCUGAUGACCUUUCGGACGGAGCGUGCUAGACGCAGCGCAGGGUGAGAACAAAGCAUUGUAUGUAUUGUUGUUUUGUUUUUAAAGAAAAAAGUGUUACAUUUUAGAGAUGUUGAUUUCUAUUUUUUUUAGCCAAAGUAUGGAGGGCAAAUACAAUUACUUUUUUCUGACUGUAAACUUUACUACUCUUGUACAUUAUGAAUUAACAUUGUUAUCAAUGUGUAUAUAACUUUUUCUAAAUUAAGAGGAUAGACUUUCCUUUUUUUCAUGACACAACCCACUACACAGAGUCGAGUCUGUAUUUAAAGCGGAGCAGCACAACUCCAGUCUGAGGGCUUACCCUGUGUAACAAACAGUAUGUGGCCUAAAUGUCCCCCGCUAUGAAACCCCCAUGCAUGUUCUGAAUGUCGUCAUGCAUUUCACCCCCCCCCCCUUCAGUUCACUGCAGCAUGUCACCUGUAAAGCCUUUCUUGUGUCACCAAAACGUCACCAAUCACAGAUGUCGUUGUAUGAAAUUGUUUCUGACGAGAGACGUGUGUUUAGUUUGCAAAUGUGUUUUUUUUAUUUGAUGUAUGUAUGUAAGUGAAAACUGGAAAAGACCACUGCACAUCCUUUUUGAAGAAGAGGAAACACGAGUGAUGAAAUCCUGAAUAAGCUAAAAAAAAAUAUGAAAAAAAUACUUUACUGAUGGUUUAACAGCCAUACAUUUUAGACUGUAAAGCUGGAGGUGUUACAGGAGUAGUUUGACAUUUUGGUAAAACACUUAUUUGCUUACUUUACAAGAGUUACAUGAAGAAGUCGGUAGCAUGCUGUUAGCAUUAGCUUAGCAGAAAGAAAAGAAACGAAGGGAAACAGCUAGCCCAGUUAGCUUUAGCUUAACAAACUGAAUAGAAACAUAUGGAAACAGUUAGCCCAGUUAGCUUUAGCUUAACAAACUGAAUAGAAACAGAUGGAAACAGCUAGCCCAGUUAGCUUUAGCUUAACAAACUGAAUAGAAACAGAUGGAAACAGCUAGCCCAGUUAGCUCUAGCUUAGCACAAAGAAUACAAACAAAGGAAAACCGCUAGCCUGGCUUUGUCCAACAGUCACAAAAUCUGCCUACAAGCCUCUCUAAUUCUUACCACAUAAUCUUACCUUAAACAAAUGUAUUUAUUCUGUAAUGAGUCGAAAAAUCGACAAUUUGAAAUCCUUAACCAAAAUAAUUGCCAGACACUCAAACCCACUUAAAACAUAUGUUUGUAACAUAUUUAUUUGUCCAAAAUCAUGGAGCUUUAAACUGGUUUGUUGGCACAUUUUGUGGUGGAAAGUCAGAGCCGUGCUAGCUGUUUCCCCUUGUGCUAAACUUAGCUAGCUUUAGUAUUUAUAUCUAACACACAGGCGGACCGUCUUAUAUACAUUGUUCCCAGGGGUCCUCGAAAUAGUCCUUCAUUUUGAUGUUUUAAGAAGGUGUGGGAACCCUUGUUAACAUCUCUCAUUAAGAAAGGAUCAUGCACAGAGAUACAUUAUUAAUCAAACCAGAUAACAGAAUCUUAUUUCCCAAAAUAUCAAACUAUUUCUUUCAAAGGAGGCUCAAUAUAAAGACACCUUCAGCUCUGAAUGAUUUCGUACUGUGUGUCAGUAGUGUGAUGAUGAUGAUGAUGAUGAUGAUGAUGUUCAUAUUUGUGUUAUUGAUUGGGGAGAGAGACGCCAUGUUUAAAGAUGGCGUCGCAGGUGUUUGUUCGACGACACGUGAGGAAGAAGCGGCCUCUUCUUUAGAGUCCUCAGUGGUCUGCUCCAGUUUACACACCAACCCCUAAAUAUUUAUCUCUGUUUCUCCCUGUGCUGUAAAUCUAUGGAGUUGUGUCUGUGUUGAAGUCUUUAUCACGGCUUUCUUUGUCUCCUCCUCCUCCUCCUCCUCCUCCUCCUCCUCCUCCUCCUCCUCCUCUUCCUCAGUGCACAUAGGUGGUCCCCAGAAUGCUGUGUGUAGUCUUGCAGGAUACCUCUUUUAUUAAUGUCAUUUAUUGCCGAUGAAUAUGCUGAUGUAUUAUUUUUUGGGGGGAUAUGUUGUGUAAACAUGUUGUUGAGACAUCAGUGCAGACAGCAGGUGUAUAUGUGUGUAUGUACAGUCCAAAAAAAACAACAAGAAAAACCCACAGAGAUCGCUUCAUCCCUCACACUGGAUCCAAAUGUGCCAUUAUCUUUAUGUAUCACAUAUAUCGACAUAAUGAACACACACACACACACACACAGAAAUACAUAUUGUACAGGAUCAAAAAUGUGCCAUGACUAAAUGAACGCUUGACAAUUUAUUUUUUCUAUGUUUUCAAAGGAGAGCCAAGUAGUGACAUGUACAGAAAAUGUUGCAAUGAUAUGAAAAUAAAAAUCUUGCUGUGUGUAAAUUAUUCAACAAUUAACUGUUUAUAUUAAAAUUAUGAAUAAAAUUAUUGGAGAAUA